UUGGUGGUUUGUCAUAGUAUUCAGGAUUUAGGAAGCAACAACUGUCCGAGAAGUGAACACACUUUCAAUCCCUUUGCUCCAUCAUUUACUCCGCAAUCUUUGUUGGUUAGAGAACAACCAACCAGUAUUCACUACAACGGAAGCUGCACAAGAAUUUCUGAUUCACGAUUUCUCGAAGGAAAUCAAAAAUAUCGGGGAAGUAAACAGUUUACACGAAUACAUAAUAAGACCUAUAAUCAUGAAGAGAGACCAUUUCACUUACACCAGAGAAGGGCGAUUUGGUCUUGUGGGAUAUGUUUUCAAAUGUUCCACAUUUCCGGUGGUUGCAUAAUUAAUUGGGCUAAAAAAAGCAAGGAGGAUGAUAAUAGAUGGCGAUGUCCUACAUGUCAAACAAAGUACGAUACUAUUCCUUACAACUACUUUUGCUUUUGUGGAAAACAGCGUAAUCCCACUGCACAUGUUAGUGAGAUACCGCACUCUUGUGGAAAUACCUGUGGUGGUAAGCGUUCAGCAACUUGCCCUCAUCCGUGCAAUGAAGCGUGUCAUCCUGGACCGUGUCCAGAAUGUCCAGUCAUGCUAACACGCGCUUGUAACUGUGGUAACGUUGAGAUAGCAGUUCGAUGUGGCUCCGACAUUGAAACCAAAUGCGAUAAGGUCUGCAAUCUAUUGCUUGAAUGCGGUAUUCAUCGUUGUGCGCGUGUAUGCCAUGAAGGUGAAUGCGGUCCGUGUAAGGUAAUGACACAGCAAAACUGCUUCUGUGGGUCAUCAUCUCGUAAGAUUUUAUGUUGGGAGAAAUGCUCCGAGAAGUACUCAUGUGGUUCUCCGUGCAUGGGAAUUUACACAUGCGGUGUUCACCCUUGCACAAGAAAUUGUCAUCUAGCUGAUGAAUCUGGUUGCGGUUCUUGUCCGUAUUCUCCUGAACGAAUCACCCAUUGCCCGUGUGGCCGGUGCACUCUGAAAGAACUUGGAUUAGAACGGACAUCUUGUUUAGACCCUAUUCCAACGUGCAAAAAUUUAUGCAGAAAGGUUUUGAAGUGCGGUGAAAAGCAUCGUUGUCGCUCAGUGUGUCAUGUUGGAGAGUGUCCUCCUUGUGAAUUGAACACUAGCAUUGUUUGUCGAUGCAAGCAAGUGAAACGUACGCUGACCUGUUUGGAGUACCUGCAAUUCAACUGUGAAAACGAGUUUUUAUGCGCAAAACGUUGCAAAAAGCGAAAGUCAUGUGGGAUACACAAGUGUCAGGAAUUGUGCUGCGUGCAAACAGAACACUUUUGCUUACAGGUAUGCAACAAGCGUCUGUCAUGCGGUUUGCACUUCUGUGAGAGUAUUUGUCACGCCGGCCAGUGUCCAAAAUGUUUGAACUCAAGCUUCGAGGAGCAGUUUUGUCAUUGUGGUCGUACAGUGCGACUUCCACCAGUACCUUGUGGAUCAUCGCUGCCAGAAUGUAGUGAGCUGUGUGCACGUCCUCAUCGAUGCAGUCAUCCUGUUACGCAUCGAUGUCAUGGUGAAGAACAUUGUCCGCCGUGCACUGUACUUGUGGAAAAGAUGUGUUAUGGAAAUCACGAGAUUCGUAGAAAUGUUCCCUGCCACAUUGAUGCCGUCUCCUGUGGGCGCCCUUGUGGGAAACCACUAUCGUGUGGUGCUCAUUAUUGUAGCAGGAACUGCCAUUCAGGCGAUUGUGUUAAGAAUGGUGAAAAAUGCACUCGACCGUGCAUGGUUCUACGUCGUCUAUGUGAGCAUCCGUGUGCGCUACCCUGCCAUGGCUCAAGCGUUUGCCCGGAAUCGGAUUGCCAGUAUCUUGUCAAUGUCACUUGCGAAUGUGGCAAACAUGAAAUUAUUGCAUGGAACCGAGCCUUUUUGAUUUUUCAUCUUCAGUUCGAAAAACGAAACGAAAAUUUGGAAUUUAGUGGUGUAGGAGCGAUGAGAAGAUCAGCCAGUAUGGAGAAAUUGAACUGCAUGUCUUGCGACGACGAAUGUAAGAAGAUGGCUCGUAAUAAGAAGUUCGCUGAAGCUCUUGAGCUGGUAACAAACGAAGACGGUGAUCUCGAGAGAGAACCAACAAUUACAUUUGCAGAUUACUUAAAGGCCGAAUUACGUUCGAACGCUUCGUUUGUUAUUGAGGUGGAACGUACAUUUUUGGAGCUUCUCGAAAAGCUUGGAGCUCCAACUUAUCUUGGGACUUCGUUGAACCACAAUUUUCCGCCGAUGUCUGUUGAAAAGAGGCGAUUUAUUCACGAAUACGCUGAAUUAUUCUUGUUCCAAUCUAUUAGUGUAGACAAUCCUCCAAAGCGUAGCGUCAUAAUAACGGCAAAAAGGUUAGGCAUCAGUCGUGCUCCUUUGGUUCUGCUUACGUCUUUACAAAAGCAUCCUAGCGUUCUUAAUUCGCGCGGUUCAAUCACUCUCAGAGGGCAAGUCAUUUUCACUUAUAAUUAUGGUUAUUUCAAAAAAAUUAGGGAAGAAUCUCACAUUACUCGCCCUACUCCUUUACCUCAAUUCAAUCAUUUUGCUGUGUUAAGAAGCGAUGAUGAAGAAUAUGAGUCCGUAUCGGAUGCUAUAUUGGUCCAUGAAAGAGACCCGCACUGGUGGAGCGAUGAAGAAGAGGUCAUAUCGCCUGAGAACACUUUUGAAAUUGUUUCUUUAAUGGAAGAGCUGGUACUGAAGAUUUGCAAUGAUAUGAGUUUUGAAAGUCACAAUGAAGGAGGAAGCUGCAAAGAUUCAUGGAGCGACAAUGAAUAA